UAAAAUAUCAAUUUACACAUUUUGUCAAGGAUUGAGAAAAUUUGUCAUUCCGUUCGAUUAAUUUUAGAUUAGGAGAUUUAAUAGAAGAAAAUUGUUUUAAAUAAUUCUCCAAAAACACACUUAGCAAAUUAAUCAAAAAAUUAUGAACGUUUCAAGGGUGCUUGUUCGCAACAUUGCUACAACAGCAACUAGAUCCGCCAAAGGGGAAAUAGCUCCUGGAUAUAAGGAAUUGAAAAAAAUUCAAGAGCGAUUCCAGGUGAAAGAUGGUAAACCAGUAUUUUUAAAAGGUGGUCCUAUGGAUCAAUUUCUAUAUGGGGUUACUGUCGUAGGCUGUCUUGCAGGUGUUGGAGGAAUCUUGCAACUUUUAUAUCAGUUAAGUUUUCCAUCAAAACCUGAAUAAAUGACAAAGAUUCAGGGGUAGAAUUGUUUGUAGUAAAUUAAGUGUAAAAGCGACAAGAAGUAAUUUAUGUAUUUCCCUGCCUUUAAAUGUAAUUAAUUUCUUCAACUCUGUAUUAACUAACUCUUGUUAAUCGUAAAGCAUUUUCAAUAUUCUAUAACAAUUAAUUCCAAUAGCAUUUUUUUCAGCUUAUUUUUACUUUCUUAAAAUUUGCUAAUUCAUUUCAGUACAUUCUGUUACUUUAUUUUGCAUUUAAUAAAGCGGAGAAAUAUAUUCAUAAGUAAAACAUGUAAAAAAUUGGU